ACGUGACAGCCCUGCAAGCAGCGAAGCCAAGAAGAAGGGAGAGAAAGAGAAAGAAAGAAGGAAGGAAAGAAGGAAAGAAAGAAAGAGAGGAAGAGGCGGUGGGGCGGCCCGGCGGGGAGCGGGAUGUGAGUGGGGCUCCUCUGCCCCCGCCCUGCCUGCCUUCCUCCCUCCUCCUCCUCCUCCUCCUCCUCGUCCCGGUCCCCGGUUCGCGAUGCCGGAGCAGCCGCUGAGCCUGGCCGAGCUGGUGUCGCUGGCGGCGGAGGAGCCGCGCCCCGGAUCCCCGGACAAGAUCCACAAGUGCCGCGCCGCCGCCGCCGCCCUCGAGCAGACUUUGGACGGAGACCAAGCCAUUCUGCAGCGGAUCAGGAAAUAUGUGAAAGCCAUCCAUGUUUCGGGACUCACGCACGUGGAGAAUGAAGAGCAAUACAGUGAAAUCCUGGAGAACUUUGGGAACAACCACCUCUCCCAGAACAACCACGAGCUUUCCACGGGCUUCCUGAACCUCGCCGUCUUCACCAGGGAAGUGACGGCACUUUUCAAAAACCUGGUGCAGAAUCUGAACAAUAUUGUCUCCUUCCCUCUGGACAGCCUGCUGAAGGGGCAGCUGAAGGACGCGAGAUCGGAAUCCAAGAAACAGAUUGAAAAAGCCUGGAAGGAUUAUGAGACCAAAGUAGCAAAGCUGGAGAAGGAGAAGGAGAGAAGCAAGAUCUCGAGCGUCAUUCAGACGGAGCUCUCGGCUGCGGAAAUUGCGGAGGACUUGCAGAAAGAGCGGCGGACUUUUCAGCUCCAAAUGUGUGAGUACCUUCUGAAAGCAAAUGAAAGCCAAAUGAAGCAAGGUCCAGAUUUUCUGCAGAGCCUUAUCAAGUUUUAUCAUGCACAACACAAUUUUUUCCAAGACGGCUGGAAGGCGUCUCAGAACCUGUACCCGUUCAUCGAGAAGCUAGCCACGUCUUUACAUGCGCUCCGCCAGGCCAAGGAGGAAGAGGUCAAGCAGCUCACGCACAUCCGCGACUCCCUCCGAGGCCUUUUGCAGAUGGAGAACAAGGGGGAAAAUCUCAACAGGAAGAACUCUGGGAGUGGGUACAGCAUCCAUCAGCACCAAGGCAACAAGCAGUACGGGACCGAGAAGUCGGGCUUCCUCUACAAGAAGAGUGACGGGAUUAGGAAAGUCUGGCAGAAGAGGAAGUGCGGAGUGAAGUACGGAUUCCUCACCAUCUCCCACAGCACAAUAAACCGGCCUCCUGUAAAGUUAAAUCUGCUGACCUGCCAAGUGAGACCCCAUUCAGAGGAUAAGAAGUCCUUUGACCUUGUGACACACAGCCGGACUUAUCACUUCCAAGCAGAAGAUGAACAAGAGUGUGUUGUGUGGGUGUCUGUGCUCCAGAACAGCAAGGACGAAUCCCUCAGCAAGGCCUUCAAGGGGGACCCCGGGAGCUGCGUGUCUUCCGCGGCCGGCGUGGCCGACACCGGGCUGCAGGAAUUGACCAAGCUCAUCAUCGCCGAGGUGAAGAACCUGCCCGGGAACAGGCACUGCUGCGACUGCGGAGCUCCAGAUCCCACGUGGCUCUCGACCAACCUUGGCAUCCUGACGUGCAUCGAGUGCUCGGGGAUUCACCGCGAAUUGGGCGUCCAUUAUUCCCGCAUCCAGUCGCUGACGCUGGACGUGCUCAGCACCUCCGAACUCCUGCUGGCCGUCAGCAUUGGAAAUGCCAAGUUUAAUGACGUCAUGGAGGCCACUUUGCCGGCACAAGGCAGCCUGAAGCCCUCCUCGACCAGCGACAUGGUUGCGCGGAAGGAAUUCAUCAUGGCCAAGUACAUGGAGCGCAAGUAUGUCCACAAGUCCGCCAAGGACGAACCGCACCGCGUCUGGGAAGCCGUCAGGAGCCGGGAUCUUCUGGCCACGCUUCAGGCCUUUGCCGAGGGACACGACCUGGCCAAGCCGUUGGCCAGCCCUGACGGACAGGAACCAGGCGAGCGGGCCCUGCACCUGGCUGUGCGCUGGGCCAACAGGUCUUCCCUCCCACUGGUGGACUUCAUCAUUCAGAACGGGGGGAACCUGGACAGCCCUGCGCCCGACGGAAACACCGCACUGCAUUAUGGAGCCCAGUGCAACCAGCCCAACUGCAUCAAACUCUUGCUGAAGGGAAAGGCCUCCACAAGCGCAGUAAAUGCAGCUGGCGAAACACCUCUGGACGUGGCCAAAAAGUACAAGCAUACCGAGUGUGAAGACCUGCUGGAGCAAGCGCAGAUGGGGCGGAUGGUGGCCCCGAUCCACGUGGACUAUGAUUGGGAAGCUCCUCAAGAGUUUUCUUACGACAGCGAAGACGAGCUGGAUGAGAAGGUGAGUCCUCUUCAGCGGUCCUUUGGGUCCUCGCCUUCUCCAACCCUGGACCAGCCUGCCCUCUUUCCUCCAAACAGAUGGAGCUGCUCAGGCAUGGACAUCACCAACAAGACCUACGAAAGCCUCCUGGUCCCGUCGCGGCCUGGCAGCGAGGAGACCCCUCCGCCUCUGCCCCUCAAGAAACCCACCAGAGGAAGUUCCCUCACAAAGACAGAUGCUCCCGACUCCCUGACCCAGUCCCCGGAUGCCUCUGAUGUCUGGCACUCGCCCACUUCCGCUGCUCCUGGCCCAGUGGACACUGCAACGCCCAGGCCGCUGUCCAGCUUCCGCAACUCCGUGGAAGUCAAAGGCACGGCCUAUUGGGAAACCUGCUGCGAGGCGGAGGGCCGGGCGCAACGGAGGCGGUCGGAGCCCACGCAGACAACAACAACAACAACAACGCCUCCGCCUCCGCCGUCUCCAGGCACCGCUCCGGAACAAGGGCCACUAACGCCCGUCCGGUUCAGUUCAGAGAGCACCCGGUCCUACCGGAGGAUCAGCGGUGGCUCCGUGGGCAAGUCUGGGGCCCCGCUUUCCCCACAGACGUCCAGUUGUCCAGACGACCUGCUGCCCAGCAAGGCCCCCGCCCUGAUGCAGAGCCCUCCGCCGGUGCCGGUGCCCAGAAGGUUUGCUCCGGCCAAAGGACGGCCAAAGCGGGUCAUGGCUUUGGCCGACUGCAGAGGAGACCGAGCCCGGGAGUUGACGUUCUCCAAGGGCGAGGUGAUCGUGGUGACGCGAGAAGAGGACGAGCAGAAUUGGAUCGGCUUCAUUGAAGGCGACGGCACAAGGACGGGCUCCUUUCCGUCCAGCUUUGUCCAUCCUUUGCAGGACUGAUGACCGGACCUCAGAUGCAUCUAUUCUUCAACUGGAGAGAUGGACCACAAACUCCUCGAGUUGGAAGAGAAAGCACCUGCCACCCAGUCUAACCCCCUUGUGCCAUGCAGGAAAAGCACCAUUAAAGUACCCCGGACAGAUGGCCAUCCAGCCUCUGCUUAAAACUCUCGGAGAGGCAGAGAGUUCCACUGCUGAACAGCUCUUCUUACAGUCAGGAAGUUCCUCCUAAUGUUCAAUGGAAUCUCCUUUCCUGUAAUUUGAACCCAUGGCUCCAUUGUGUCCAAGGCAACAGAAAGCAAGCUUGUUCCUUCUUCCUUAUAACAAUACAAUAUGCUUUUUUGGACUCCUAAACUUACUGAAACAACCUAAUUAUAUAUUAUACAGUAUAUACUUGAGUACAGUAGAGUCUCACUUAUCCAACAUAAACGGGCCGGCAGAACGUUGGAUAAGCAAACAUGUUGGAUAAUAAGAAUGGAUUAAGGAAAAGCCGAUUAAACAUCAAAUUAGGUUAUGCUUUUACAAAUUAAGCACCAAAACAUCAUGUUAGACAACAAAUGUGACAGAAAAAGUAGUUCAAUAUGCAGUAAUGCUAUGUAGUAAUUACUGUAUUUACGAAUUUAGCACCAAAAUGUCACGAUGUAUUGAAAACAUUGACUACAAAAAUGCCUUGGAUAAUCCAGAACGUUGGAUAAGCGAAUAUGUUGGAUGAUAAGGAGGGAUUAAGGAAAAGCCUAUUAAACAUCAAAUUAGGUUAUGCUUUUACAAAUUAUGCACCAAAACAUCAUGUUAUACAACAAAUGUGACAGAAAAAGUAGUUCAAUACGCAGUAAUGCUAUGUAGUAAUUACUGUAUUUACGAAUUUAGCACCAAAAUGUCAUGAUGUAUUGAAAACAUUGACUACAAAAAUGCCUUGGAUAAUCCAGAACGUUGGAUAAGCGAAUAUGUUGGAUGAUAAGGAGGGAUUAAGGAAAAGCCGAUUAAACAUCAAAUUAGGUUAUGCUUUUACAAAUUAAGCACCAAAACAUCAUGUUAGACAACAAAUGUGACAGAAAAAGUAGUUCAAUACGCAGUAAUGCUGUGUAGUAAUUACUGUAAUUAUGAAUUUAGCGCCAAAAUGUCACGAUGUAUUGAAAACAUUGACUACAAAAAUGCGUUGGAUAAUCCAGAACGUUGGAUAAGCGAGUGUUGGAUAAGUGGGACUCUACUGUAUUUAGACAUGUCCAUCAUGUCUCCUCCUUCUCUUCUGCAGGCUAAACAUGCCCAGCUCUUUAGGCCACUCCUCAGAGGGAUUAUUCCUGGUCUCCAGACCUUGAACCAGUCCUGAUCUGAUGUCUGAAUAUACAAACACUGGCAUGCCGAUUUGCCCGGUUUCCUCUUGAGCCUGGUUGCCACCAAACAUCAUCUGGUGGUGAUGUCUCUGUGACGAAUGCACGUGGGAGGCUUUUGACUUUCAGAACUCGUUCUCGUGGACCAGGAAGGAUCACGGAUGGUCCCAAGGUUGGAAUGUCCAUCUCCAUCAUAGACGUGGAUUUGCUUUGGUCUCUGCUGAUCUGCGUUGCGUCGUUUGCAAAAUUGCCGAAUGGACUCUCUUCUGGCGAGAAGGACAUUCACCAUGUCGUGCUUCAAACGGUGGUUGCAUUCUGGCUUUCCUCUUAGGACUGCAGAAAUACAUGGGAAGCUUUGACGUGGUUUCCCAACGGAUCAGAACGACCACGUAUCCUACCCCAACCCCUCUGAAUCCAUUGUCUUCCAGGGAAAAAAGCUCUUUCCCUCCAGAAACCCUGUCUUCCUCUCUUCAUCCCGAUGUCAAGUCUUUUUUCCUACUAUGAAAUGCCUCUAAAAUGCAGAACUUUCUGGGAAUUUAGUUGAACUCACAACGAAUGGAAGUUAAUGGGACGAGUUAAGUUGUGGCUUCAUUGCCAUGCGAAUAAGUGCAACCCAAUAUUUUUAUGAGCAGGACGACAAGUGUGGAAAAUCCUUUCCCCAAAAUUAUACUUUCUUGGUUGCAUCGUAAACAUUGGAAAAACUUUUUCUGAGUGUGGAAAAUCCUUUUCCCGAAAUUGUAUUUUCUUUCUUGCAUCGUAAACAUUGGAAAAACGUCCUUCUGGAGGGCGGCUUAAGUGCAGGUUUUUGUUUUGUUUGUUUCCGAUUAUAAGAUGUUUGUGUGUUUUUAAAAUCAAAACAAUGAAGGGCAUCACCGUGAAUAUAAUACACAAAGAAACUGAAACAUUUGAAAGAAACUCUAGCCUGAAUCACUAUAUUUUUCUGGCCAGUAAACAAACUUUGAUGGGCCAAGAACCACUUUCCCAUAGGACUCUAUUGGAGCCAGGCAUCGUCCCCUUUUUCUGCCUAAUUCUCGUAUCUUACAUUUGUUCUCAUUGAAAUGCAUUCUGUUAGUUUUGUCCAAUCAUCUCGCUAACCCGUUGCCUUCAUGAAACCGUUUUGAGUCCUCUCUCCUCGACCAGAACCUCCCUCGUCUCUUUCGGACCAGUACCACCAGUUUGCUGCUCUGUAAUCAUAUUUUUCUCCCAAAAUGGAAAAUACUUUGUUGACUAUGCCACCCAAGGAAUGUUUUGUGGUUGAUCACCGUUUCUAAUAAAGUUUAUAUAAAA